UUCCAUUGAUGUGUACAUGAGAACACACAAAAGAAUCAUAAAUAUUCAUAAUUGNAAAAAAAGUAUUCAUUGCAAUUUUUUUUGCAAGAUAUGAAGAGCUGCAAAAUGAUCAUUAACAAACAUAUGCCUGUAAUUGCCAUGAUAUCCACACAAUUCAUAUAUGCAGCCAUGUUUUUGCUUUCGAAAGCAGCUAUUUCUUCCGGCAUGAAACCUUCCAUUUUUGUCGCCUAUCGACAGGCCUUGGCUGCACUUGUCCUAGCUCCAUUUGCUUAUUAUGUCGACAGGACAAGGUCGCAUCAUCGUUUGAGCUUCUAUUUACUGAUCAAGAUUUUCAUUGUUUGCUCUUGUGGGAUGACCAUGUCAUUGAACUUACACUAUGCUGCCUUGAACUAUAUCUCUGCAACUUUUGCUACGGCAGUCACGAACACGAUUCCUGCUAUGGUUUUCAUUAUAGCAGUUUCGUCGAGGAUUGAAAACCUAGCAAUAAGGGAGAAACAUGGAUGGGCCAAAAUAUUGGGCUCAGUUCUCGGCAUCUCAGGAGCUAUGAUAUUCACAUUCUAUAAAGGCCAACACCUAUACUCUGGGUCCAAUAACGAGGCCCACAAUCUAAUUGCAAAGAACUACUCAAAAGAAGAAUGGAUCAAAGGCUCCCUUCUCUUGUUAGGUGCAAACUUGACAUGGUCCAUUUGGCUUGUCAUGCAGGCUCCAAUUUUGAAAGAGUAUCCUGCAAAAGUGAGGCUUACAACUUUACAGUGUGGCUUCAGUUGCUUAGUGUCAGCAAUGUAUGGGGCAAUUAAGGAAAGAGAUAUAUCAUCUUGGAAGCUUGGUUGGAAUAUAAAUCUCUUGUCCGUGGCUUAUUCUGGCAUUGUUGUGUCCGCCAUAAAUUAUUCAAUGCAAGUUUGGGUUGUGGAGAAAAAAGGCCCAGUAUUCACUGCAAUAUUCAGCCCAUUAGCACUCGUGUUGACGGCCCUCUUCUCAGCUAUUCUCUUUCAUGAAUCACUCUACAGGGGAAGUCUAACGUCUAUUUGUUUUACAAGAGAGAAAGAGCGAAUUUACCUUUAUCUAGGAGGAAAAGUCACUCUCCGAAUCAUAUACUUCGGCGAGAUCAGGGAAUUCAGUAGUGUUCCGCAGUUCCGCGAAGAGUGGGCGAAGAGUUUCUACCCUUCUCAUUGGGUCCUCAAAGUCGCAUCGUCUGAGCUUCUAUUUACUGAUCAAGAUUUUCAUUGUUUGCUCCUGUGGGAUUUGAACCUGGUACCUCAUGGAAGCAAGACAAGCAAUGCAACCACUACACCACUCAAGGUUGAGUACCUUUUGUCGCUAGGUUAUUUAUUUCAAUACAACGGGUCAACGCCGGAAGUCAACGGUCAACACCGGAAGUCAACGAUUCUCGCCGGAAGUCAACACCGGAAGUCAACGGUCAACGCCGGAAGUCAACGGAUGACCAUGUCAUUGAACUUACACUAUGCUGCCUUAAACUAUAUCUCUGCAACUUUUGCUACGUCUGUCACAAACACGAUUCCUGCUAUGGUUUUUAUUAUAGCAGUUUUGUCGAGGAUUGAAAACCUAGCAAUAAGGGAAAAACAUGGAUGGGCCAAAAUAUUGGGCUCAGUACUCGGCAUCUCAGGAGCCAUGGUCUUCACAUUCUACGAGGGCCCACACCUAUACUCUGGAUCCAAUAAUGAGGCCCAAAAUCUAAUUGCGAAGAACUACUCAAAAGAAGAAUGGAUCAAAGGCUCCUUUCUCUUGCUUGGAUCAAACUUGACAUGGUCCAUUUGGCUUGUCAUUCAGGGCAUUGUUGUGUCCGCCAUAAAUUAUUCAAUGCAAGUUUGGGUUGUGGAGAAAAAAGGUCCAGUAUUUACUGCGAUAUUCAGCCCAUUAGCACUCGUGUUGACGGCUCUUUUCUCAACUAUUCUUUUUCAUGAAUCACUCUACUGGGGAAGUGUUUUGGGAGGUGCAAUGCUGGUGGCUGGGCUUUAUGCUUUCAGCUUUCUUAUGGGGUAA